AUGUCUUCUUUCUUUCUUUUAUUGAUGCAUAUCUAUAAAUCAAACCUUUUCCUUUCAUUUGUCUUUCUUCUUUAUUCCUUCCUUCCUUCCUUCCUUCCUUCCUUCCUUCCUUCCUUCCUUCCUAUCUUUUAUUUUCUGGAUAGUCCUGAAUUCGACCUCUCUUCACUCCCUCCAUCACUCCCCUCUCUCUCUCUCUCUUUUCUAUAUCCUUCACUUUUUCCCGACUUUGGCAUCUAUAUUUGUCCACCCGCCAUUAUGUCCCCAUUUCUUUCUUUCUUCUUCCUUUCUUUCUUCCACCUUCGCCUGCAUCCAGUUUGCUUUAUUCUUUCUUUCUGUCUAUCUUUCGUUCUCUUUUUCUUUCUUUUACCAUUACCUGCAUUUAAUCUUCUGUUUUCUUUCUUUCUUUCUUUCUUUCUUUCUUUCUUUCUUUCUUUCUUUCUUUCUUUCUGUUAUAUACCGUUACAACACUUUCUUUCUUUCUUUCUUUCUUUCUUUCUUUCUUUCUUUCUUACACUUUUACAUGCGUUCAUUUUUCUUCAUUUUUUAUUUCUAUCUUUCUUUCUUUUGUUAUUUCUUUCUUCUCUCUGCAGUUAUUUCUCUCUCUCUUUCUCUUUAUCUCUCUCUCUCUCACUCACUCUCUCUUACUCUGAGAAUUGCAAAUCAUUUUACAAAUUUCUUUCUUUCUUUUUUCUUUCUUUCUUUCUCAAUGUAUUCAUCUAUCUAUCUAUCUAUCUAUCUAUCUAUCUAUCUAUCUAUCUAUUUUCCAAAAACAAACUAUGA